AUGAGUAACAACGAAAUUUAUGAAGAUUUUAAUGAAUGUCUAAAGAUAGGAAUUCUUCAUAUUCCGUCUGGGCGAUUUCUUACAGCUGAAGUAUUUAACAAUGAAAUUAAUAUUUCUGGAACAGCAUUACGACGACGUCAAGUUUGGUCUUUAAUUACGGAUCGGAAGAAUGCUGAUACUUUGUUUUUACAAAAUUCAUUGGGUCGAUUUUUAUCAGUUAAUAAGGAUGGAAAAAUAAGUACAUCUUUAAAAUCAGAUUGCGAAGAACGUUUCCGUUUAGAAUUUGCACCAGAUGGUACAGGUGAAUGGGCUUUUAAAUCAGAUGCAUAUGGUUUCUAUCUCACUGGUACCGAUACUCAAGUUUCAUGUUUUUCCAAAUCUCCUGUCUGGUGGUCAUUUCGUUUAGCAACACAUCCUCAAGUACAUAUUCGUCACCAGUUCCGUUCACGUUACUUACGUCUUCUUAACGAUGGUCUUGAGCUCCGAGCUGAUCAACCAUACCCAUGGGGUCCAGAGUCUGUUAUUUGGAUUGAACAGCCUACAAUGGUUGCAAGUCAAGGUUUUGGUCGUGGUCCAAAUAUCCCUUUAGUUGGCAAAGCUGCUGUUUCACGUCUUGGUCGUGUUGCCUUCCGAAUGCCAAAUGGAAAAUAUUUGAAAUCUAAUGGAGAAAUGUGUAGUGAAAUGGAUGAUUCCACCUUAUUUUCUUUUGAAUAUCGUCCUGGUAAUCCUGGCACAUUUGCUUUUCGUGAUCAAACAGGUCAUUAUUUGACCACAAUCGGACCUGGAACAACUAAAGUAAAAACAAAUACAAAUAUUGGUAAAGAAGAACUCUUUCUAAUUGAACAUGCUGCUUUACAAGUUGGUAUAGUAGCACAUAAUGGGAAAUUCGCAUCAGUUAAACAAGGUAUUGAAAUUUCUGCAAAUCAGCAUGAAUUAGACGAAACAGCUAUUUUUCAGUUGGAAUAUAUUGGUGGGAUGGGUUUUAAUGCUUUAGAGGCUAUAGCAUCUAGCCCAGCAUCGACUCUAUCUGGUCCAGAUGGUGGAGUCAGUGACUCUUCUGCUUCUAAUUCAAGUUUAAUCAAUAAUAACCAUUCCAUUACUAAUGGUGUUCAUUCAGAUGUUUACUUUCUAACAACCGGAUUUUGGCGUCUACGUUCUCGUAGUGGAAAAUUAUGGAAACUUGCUUCAUCAUCUGGUGUUAAGAAUACUUCUUCAGAUGGAGAUCAAGAAAGUUUAUUCGAAAUGUUAACUGUGAAUAAAGUCAAUGAUAAACAAAUUCGUCAAAUUGUAUUUCGGUCAAAUGAUGGUGAACAGUCUUUGACAGCUCGUAAACUUGGUGCUGUAUCUACAAGUGGUCGUUUAAUUGAUGAAACUCAGCUACCAUCAUCAGAUGAACUAUUUAAUAUUAUUUUAACGAAUAGAACAUCAAUUGUGUUUUUAUCUUCAUUAACUGGUGGUUUUUUAGUACGUGGUAAACAAAAUAUUCUUGAUUCAAAUGGAGUAGCUUAUGAACCAUUUUACAUUCGAGUAACUAAACGGCAUACUUAUAAAUUUUUUGCUCGUAAUCCAAAUUCAACAUAUUCCAUAUGGGCAGCUAGUUUAGAUGGUACAUUACAACUUGAACCUACACAUCAAACUCCUACUGAUGAUGAAAACAAUAAAGACACUGAAGACACUAUUAAUAAUGAUUUGAAAUAUGAAUUUCAACUUCAUUUCCUUGGUCAUAGUCGAGUGCUUAUUCAAUCAUUGAAUAGUCAACGUGGUAAUUCAAUUUCUUUAGUCAAAUCUGAAGUUAAAGGUGAUGUAAAAUUAGAUAUACCAAGUGGUGGUGGUGGUAAUAUAACAAUCAAUUAUAUUUGGGAAAUUUAAAUCAAUAAACAAACUAAUCAAUUUUUCUUUUCUUAUUUUGCAAGAAAUAUUUAUUGAUUUAUUUAUAUCUAUCAAUUAUGAUAAUUAAAAAUGAUCAUGGAAUUUUUUUUAUAUAUAUCAGCAACAUCAUUAUAUAGAAAACAAAAGUAAUUUUCUUUCAUUCCGUCUGGAACAACAACGUUAACAAACGAUGGAUAUUGAUUGGGUUAUGUCAUUGUAUUUUUCUUCUACAUGUACUACUACUACUACUACUACUUUAGAUAUGCUUUUCAGUAGUAGAUUCUAUCUACUAAGUAAAAGUUUCUUGAAAGACUUCGUAUAUGCAUAUUUGUGUUUUCAUCAUUUGUAAC